AUUCCUAAAAGAACUACGCAGCAUCACCAUCAUUAUCUGCGUGCAGCAUCCCAGACAGGUGCAGAAAGUAGACAGCGUGACCCAAUCCACAGACUCAUCCUGACUAACUGAAAAGGACUAAAAGUAAAGAAAGUGGAUUUAAAACGGUCACAAUGACACAGGGAAAGAUUUUAGCAACAAAUAAGUCAAACAAUGGCCCAGAUGUUCAGCCCAUGCCCCCACCUCCUCCAGCGUAUGAAGAGGCUGUUGCUGGUGAAAGCCCUUGUUACAGUGGAGUGUAUUCCGGUGAUGCUGAAAUGCUUACAGAAUUUAGCUGGGACGACCAAAACAUCAGGAGGAUUUUUGUCCGCAAGGUGUACACCAUCUUGAUGCUCCAGCUCUCUGUUACAAUUGCCUUUGUGGCUCUUUUUGUUUUCUGUGAACCAGUGAAAAGUUACAUUCAGUCCAAUCCUGGCUGGUACUGGGCAUCAUAUGCAGUGUUUUUUGUCACAUAUCUCACACUGUCCUGCUGUCGUGGCCCUCGGAGGCAGUUUCCAUGGAACAUGAUUUUGCUCGUAAUCUUUACGCUGUCUCUUUCUUAUAUGACAGGGAUGUUGUCAAGCUUCUACAACACUAAAUCGGUCAUCAUCUGCCUGGGCAUUACUGCCUUGGUGUGUCUCACUAUUACUAUCUUUAGCUUCCACACCAAGUUUGACAUUACAUCCUGCCGAGGUGUUUUGGUAGUUUUCUGCACAACCUUGUUUAUUUGUGGACUUAUCAUGGUUUUCAUAUUGCCCUUUGGAUCUGUUCCAUGGCUGCAAACUGUGUAUGCUGCUUUGGCAGCUAUACUGUUUUGUAUGUUCCUGGCAUUUGACACACAGAUGUUGAUGGGAAGCAAGCGGUAUACCAUAAGUCCAGAGGAGUACAUCUUUGCCACCCUCAGCUUAUACCUGGACAUUGUUUACAUCUUCUCCUUCUUUCUUCAAUUAUUUGGAACUGCAGAACGAAAUUGAAAUUUAAUUUCUUCUUAACUUAAAUUUAUUUCAGCUUCCAUGAUGUGCACAGGCCCAUGAUUUUUAUUUUGGUCUGAGUGAUCUUGUAUUCUCCAGCAUGAAAUAUAUCUUUAGUGCGCAUUGUUUGUAUCAAGCUCACAUCAGCUAAUGUGAUUCACAUUUAUCCUCUAUGAAGGUGGUCUCCCAUUGCAUAUACAUACAAAUGUGCAUUGGUUGAAUUUUGUCAACACCCAUGUAGUUUUAAAAUUGAUGUUGUAGAGGAAAGAAUAUAUUAAAUGCACUGUCAACAUCUCAGUGAACAUGUAGAAAUCUAAGAAAAUCUAUUAAAUGUGUUUAGGUUACUUGCUUAAGGAUGUCUGCAACAGUGAAAGUCACUUAUGUUUUGCAUGAAAAUAAAUAUUGUUGUCAGACAGGUUGUGUGUUAUGCACACAAACAGAAUCACAAUAAGGUAAAACUCAUCCAUUCAUCCAACUAUAUGUCCACAGUAUUUCUGCUUGUCCCUGCAACAGCUUUUGGUGUAACUGCAUGAGGACAUUGUAACAAAUAGUUAUGGAAACUGAUAGAGAUGUGCAAAAUAUUUUCAUAAGAGUCUUAUUGAGGCUUUAUUGCUGAUUCACUAUGGAGUGCACAUUUGAAUCAAACGGACAUUGUUUAAGUCAUGUAUUUUUAGAAAUCAAAUUAUCUUCUUAACAUGACUAUUGUGUCCUAUUGGGUAUUUUGACUGAUAUUUUUUGUCAUGUCAUUGACAUUAUUUAUUUUGUUUAAAUGUUUUAUUACAUCGUAAUUCAUUUUUCAUUCAAGACUCGAGAGUGUUGUAUUUAUUAUCACAGCCCAAAAAUAUAUUUUUGAAGGUUCAUAUUUUUUAAGAAAAUUAAUUGUGGGAAAUAAAUAGAAUUGCACAAAGUUUAAAUGUGUGAAAUGCAGUGGUAAACGUUUUUCUUUUUUGUAGCAAAAGCUGUAGUGUAUCAAAUAGUUUCCAUUGUGUUAAAUUAAACUGAAAUAUUAAAAAGUAUGUAUAGCAAAAUAAUAAAAAAGUGUUAAGUUGCCAGACAAAUGUGAUGUGAAUGUUCUUGUAUUUCCUCAGAAACAAGAAUAAAUAAUUUUACCUAGUA